AAGGCGUUUUAUCUCCCAGCGCUGCUCUCUAGAGUUUUUAGAAGACAUAGUGGGAUAUGCCAGUGCGCGCAGAACGAAGCAUGUAUCUGGAUCUCCGCGACACAAAGGCUUGAAGAAAGUACAUUUCAUCAAGAAUAUGAGGCAAUAUGACACACGGAACAGCAGGAUAGUAUUAAUUUGCGCAAAACGAACCCUUUGUGUGGCUUUUUCGAUCCUGCCUUACGGAGAGAGCUUAAGGAUCAGCGAGCUGAGGAUAGAGGGCCAGAAACAGAGGCAUCCAUCGGGUGGAAUUUCAGUCACGUCAGAGAUGGUGUUAGGAAUGGAAGGCGUGGAACUAGGAGCUGACGGCAAGGUGGUGUCCUAUGCAAAAUUCUUGUAUCCAACCAACGCUCUCGUGGGCCACAAAAGUGAUGGCAUCAGUGCCAUUUCCGUAUGUCGAGCAUCUGCACCCCGAACAGCUGGAGGAUCGAGGUACAAAACGCCAGCAGCCAAAACCAUCCCUUCUACAGCAGAUCUCGGAAACGAAGUGGGAGAGUUGAUAGAGUACAAUCCUAAUUUGCUGGAUGACCCGCAGUGGCCGUGUGGGAAACACAAGCGUGUCCUCAUCUUUGCAUCAUACAUGACCACCGUGAUCGAAUAUGUAAAACCUUCAGAUCUUAAAAAGGAUAUGAAUGAAACAUUUAAAGAAAAAUUUCCUUACAUCAAACUCACGCUAAGCAAAAUCAGAAGUUUAAAGAGAGAAAUGCGGACCCUGAGUAUGGAGUGCAACCUGGAGCCAAUUACUGUGUCCAUGGCUUACGUCUACUUUGAGAAGCUCGUCCUGCAAGGCAAGCUCAACAAACAGAACCGAAAACUGUGUGCCGGUGCUUGUGUGCUGCUCGCAGCCAAGAUUAGCAGUGAUCUCAGGAAACACGAAGUCAAACACCUAAUUGAUAAGUUGGAAGAACGAUUCCGAUUCAACAGACGAGAUCUCAUCGGAUUUGAAUUUACUGUUCUUGUGGCUUUGGAAUUGGCUCUUUACCUUCCCGAUAACCAAGUGUUACCUCACUUCCGUCGUCUCACACAACAGUCCUAGUCGAGAGCUACAUUACAACAAAAGCACCAGUUUUUAGGUGGAUUUGGAGAUCGAUACCCGGCUUCGCCUAGGUGACAGGAUCAAACUGUGUUAAGAAUAUUCCUGGCAGGGAGUCCGAUGGUGGGAUUUUCAUGGAAGUAUCAAAGUGGAAAAUACAAUACAGUGUGAGAAGUGGCAGAAGUGGGAAAUUUUUGUUUGAGAAACUAAAGCACAAAUGAUUUUGCAUCCAGUUGCCACUCAAGUUGCUAAUUAUUCUUCAUUUAACUUUUUGUUUUCUGGAAACAAUUUCUUCUUCUUGCCUGCCACUGCUACUUUAUCAUUUCCUUACUCUCUUUUCCCCCCUCUCCUUCAAACUUAAAAGAGCAACACUUCCAUUCCUUAAUUAGUGCUUCAGAAAAAAAAAGACAUUUCGAACCAUAAAAACUUGGGGAGGGGAAGAAGAAGGAUGUGCCUAAGGCUGGGCUGGUACCAGUCUCCCUUUUUCUCUUUCUUGUUUUUAAAGUUACGUUACUUAGUGGCAAAUUCUGAACUUAAGCAGCAAUUUAUCCUUUUGCCUUUAUUUACUUGUGCUAUAAGGAAAAAAAUUAACGUAUCUGCACUAUCAUUUCUGGGAAGGUUCUCUAUGUUGAUUAUUCAGUUUUGCUUUCUUUUUAAAUGAAAUAUUGCACUUGUUGAACAAGGAGCUACAUGGCAAAACAGUCUUCAUUUUAACGUGUCCCUCAGAGGUUGAGUGAAACCAUUGAUUUAAUGGCAGUAAUUCUGACAUGUAGCUUCCAGAGCUAUAUGUUUCUGUUACUGCUUUCUGUAGCCUGAAAGUAAUAACUCUUUUAUUUAUAACAAAGUGUUCAUAUAUUAUCUUUCCUGUAUGCUACUGACAUGUAAAUGUCUCGGGAAGUAUAGCUGUCGUUACCUAAAUUAAGCCAAUGAAACUCAGCAUAUCUAACUUCUGUUAAAAAAAAACUAACUUCUUUUAAAAAAAAGGUUCUUCCAAGCUUUUCGUCACUGUGAUGUUCCUCACAAACCUGGUUUUUAAAUGCACAUUCAAACCGCCAAUGUUAUAAAGGCCAAUGUUUAGCAGUGUGCUGGGUAGAUGCCGUUUUUAUACACUUGGACAAUACAUUGAUUUAAGCAUUCAGAUGCUAAAAUAUGAACUUUCUUGAGACUAUAAGAGGAGUCAGUGGCUGUCAGGUUGUUGUUUUUUUUUUCCUAAGCAAUAUUGUGAUAUAAAUCAAAGUGUCUGUGUAUACGUGUGAUAUUUGCCAGUGAACAAAAUUACUUCUUGGAUAUUGUGAUUAAUGUCCAUUCUACUUUUUUUAGUGUAACUUUGGCCAGUUUUAGUGAGAGAGAGAGAGAGAGAGAGAGAGAGAGAGAGAGAUCUUGCAAAAUAAGAGGGAAGAUAAAGGUGCAUCAGUAUGGAAGAUACCAAGUAUAGGAUAAAAUCACAUUUUUGAGCACAGGUACACUGCUACCAUCAUAUGACAAUGUACAGUAAACAAGCACACUGGGGAGAAACUUAGAGAACAAAUUCUCUCCAAUAAGCUGUUUUAAGACAGUAAAUGUUGUUUAACAAAAGCAUUUAAAAUUAUAGACACAAGUCUGUUGAAUCUUAAAUGGUACAGUCAAUCAUUCUGGGCUGUAGAAACUGAGCCUCUUAGUAAAAUAGAGGGCGUUUACUACCUAGAAUGCCACAAAUCUUAAGAUGGAAAUACAUAUGGUUUGGGAUGGAAAGUUGCAAAGGGGGUCAGAAACAUCUGGAGUGAAGGGAGAGAAAAAGACUAGAACCCAAGAUUGCAUUAUUUAGCAUGAAGAGUUUUGAUUUAUCCGACUUUUCUCGCACUCAUGCAUGAACGAAAACUAGUUGGAAAAAUAUUUUUAACCCAAAGUCAGCUUGUUAUUGAAAUUUGAGCCAACCCAGUUGAGAAUGGCUUUCUAAUCAUGGCUUGCAAAUUAAUGCACCUCAUUGUAUUAAUAAUACCUGUCAAGUCCUAAUUGUAGCCUUUUUUGAUACAAUGUAUAGUAGCUUAACUAUUGCUCACAAUUAAAAAUGUGGUACGUAGCAUUUCUUUACGGAAUUUCACAGUGUAGAAUGCCAUCCCAGUUUUUCCCAGGAAACCUUAGAAAUAAUCGGGUGGGACAUUAAUUCACCUGAACAGAAAGCAACAGAUUCCCCCCCCCCCUCCAAAUUUUUCCAAUUUUGUUAAACAGUUCUAACCUAACACCAAAUGACUUGACUAGCUACAUUGUAUUCUAAAAUAUUUGCCAACUUAGAUUCCCAAGUAAGGCAGGUAUAAGAGCCAUGAUGGCGCAGUGGUUAGAAUGCAGUAUUGCAGGUUAAAUUUGCCAACUGCCAGCAGUUCAAUCCU